AUGAAUACAGAACAUGAAGGGAAGAACGAAGGCAUAAUCGAUUGGGGGGAAGAGGAGAUUGGAAUGAGAAUGAACCGAAGGCAGUCAAGAAGAAGGCAAACGAAGUCGGCGAAUGUUCGACCGUUCUUCUGGCUGAAGGAAGGGGGUCCGAUGGCUUCUGAUUUUUCGUCGAUUGAUUCGCAAUCGGUGAUGGCCUCCGGGAUUCGACUUAGACCGAAGAAGAGGAAGGGAAAGGAGGAGGCAACAAGGGUUAAGGAGGCCACUGGAGCAACCCCCUCGCCAUCACUGCUGUUGACAACAGCCACCACCGAACCACUCUUCUACUUUCGUUUUCCUUUUCCUUGUCCAAACAAGCCAAGCACAGGUGGUGCCCUCCAUGGGAUCGGCAACUGCUAG